AAACUGGAUGCUUCUGAAUUAUUUUGUAGCCAGUUAACAUAGCUGUAUACUGCAGUGCUUUAUUGUUGCAUAAAUCAGGUCAUGCUAUAUAGAGUAUGAGUCUUGUACUGAGCUGAUUUUGAGCGUGUUAAGUAAACAUUUACGGUGAUCUUAACCCCAAUGACAGAUUAUUGUAAAUUUAAAUGAUAAUUUUAAACAAGUCUGAAUUUAAAUCUCCAGUAUUUUUAUUCUGACUAUCCACUGUGACCGAACUGUUAGUAACAGCCAUCUUUAAACAGGCUCGUGUUAAUGUCAGGAACAGAACCGAAAGAAACAUUAGUAGGGUGUCAUGUUAGUGUAAUAUCUCUUCUCUGGAUACCUGGAUCCAGAUGGCUUAAGCAACAAUUGAAAUUUAGUUUUUCUUUCCCUCUACACCUCAAAACCAUAAAACAAAUAGUGUUUACUCCAGAAAGGUUUAGGAAUGGAUUAAGACAGGAUAAUGAAAGUCCCAGUUGAACUAUGAGGGAAAAUUCGAGAGCCUAUGUCUGCUGUUCAUCUAACUCUUAUAAAAGUGAAGAUACAAGGCCCUAAGCAUAAAAAUUCAUCCAUGAAUAAGGAAUAUUCUUUAUCAUUUUUCUGUUGAAGUGAGAAAACUAUGAGAAGCACUCUUGAUGUCUUUGGGUAGAACAUCUAAUUUAAAAGUCCAAAUUCCACGAGUUCCAACCAAUGGAAUAAAUUAUCUUCUUGGGUCUUAUCUAUGCUUGGAUUUUUUCUCAGAAUUUUUCUCCCCAUUGCUACCAAAAGUCAGUUGUACCAAUCAUAUAAUCCGUAAAAUCAUUCGUAUAGGCACUGGCAUUUUACCCACUGUGUCCAAAAGACUUGUUCUGAGCAGGGUUAGGCAACACUGCCUCAAAUGUUGAUGGCUGUCUGGUGCCCUCUCUAUAUAUUAAUGCUUGCAUCAUUACCACAAGUGGGGUCAUACAGGUGGUAGCAAGAGUAAGGUGGGGAUUUUUUUCCCCUGAAAUUCCCCUGUGCAGGUUGGGGGAGGAGGGGGAGAGUCUGUUGUCAUAAACUCCAUCUUGUUUUGUGUGAAUUCCACUUUUCAGGGACUCCAUUUUUUAUUGUUAUCUUCACUUUGGAGUGUGACCUUCAUGUGGUAUUGCAUCCCCUUUUGUGGACUAGAGCAUUAAUGUUUGUAGUACAGGCUUGACACAAAUUGAAUGACUGUCUUUGAAGAUGGCACAGAGCAAUCUUCAACAAUCAGCCCAUCCAGAAGAACAAUGAACUCUAUGCAGAAGCUUAGCUGGAAAAGUGGCUGAUGAUCCUUAACCUAGGCACAUGGCCAAAGGGGUCAGAGACUUUAUUCAAGAGGGAAUGCUCUCUGUGAAAGGGGUGGGGGAUGUCAGACUAGUGCCACACUCAAGAAGACCAGGCUAAGGAGAGAAGAGUCAAGAAGGGCUGCCCAGUCUAAGGAUGCUGAUCAAACCCAGGAGUCGCAGGAGGGAUGAGAUCAGACCGGGGAAUAUAUUCAGGACUGUUAUUUUUCAAAGAUCUGUAACUCAAGUGAUUUUUUUUUUAAGAGUAAAGUGUCUGUGGUUAAGAAAUUCCUUUACCAAGUCUGUAUUCCUUGCUUGCCUGCCACAUUGUCUUGGAAAGAGUUGACCCAGUGUGGUGGAACUCUGAGGGAGCAUAUAUAAGCACCUGAGGCGUAGGUGGGCUGGGGUGUGAGGUCACUGGGGUGUAGGGCCAAAGUGCCCAAGAGAGGUGUCAGACAGGUAUCUUCACCUUGGAGUGUCUAAAGACCCAGGGCUAGGAACAGUAACCAGUCACUGUCCAGACCCCAAUUGCUUAGAAACAUGUGGUAUCCAGUAAUUGUGUUCACUCACAACAGAAUGCUCCCUGCCCAGAGAGAGGGACUCAGCCAGGUUGUGAUAGACACAACCUUCAUGUGGUUAAACUAGCAACAUUAUUAAUCUUGUAAUUCCUAUCAACAUAGUUACAAGGUUGCUUCUUCGGUUCAGGUUGGAUUAAUCCACAGUAGAUAUACUAGCACCCCUGUUACUAUAACAGCCAGCACUGGUGCAGUUUGACCUGUUCUAAGCUGCCGAUGUAGACAGGUCUCAAACAUUUUCAUCUUGAUAACUCUCACUAGUGAUAGCAAUCAAGUAUCUGCAAUAUUGCUGGUGGUUGCAGUAAGAUGAGUACUCAGUCUGGUAUAGAAUAUAUACUUGAAGAAAACCCUUUCUGUGGUCAUAAAGAUCCAUGAGGUGGAUCCCUCUGUAGGAUCAGGUGUAAGACUGCUUUUCAUUCUCUCAUUAAGGAGAAAUCCAGAUGUGAAUGGUUGGGUUUUUGUUAGCCAAUGACUAUGUAAGAUUAAACAAGAAACAACAGAAAAAAACCACAACAAACAAGGUUAAUUAAACUCCUGAAGAUGGAUGGUGACAGUUCUACAACAGAUGCUUCUCAGCUAGGAAUUGCUGGAGAUUACAUUGGUGGUAGUCAUUUUGUAAUACAGCCUCAUGAUGACACGGAGGACAGUAUGAAUGAUCAUGAAGACACAAAUGGCUCAAAAGAGAGUUUUAGAGAACAAGAUAUAUAUCUUCCAAUUGCAAAUGUGGCAAGGAUAAUGAAAAAUGCCAUACCCCAGACAGGAAAGAUUGCUAAAGAUGCAAAGGAGUGUGUGCAAGAGUGUGUAAGUGAAUUCAUCAGCUUUAUAACAUCUGAAGCAAGUGAGAGGUGUCAUCAAGAGAAACGAAAGACUAUCAAUGGAGAGGAUAUUCUCUUUGCCAUGUCUACCUUGGGAUUUGAUAGUUAUGUUGAACCUUUGAAGCUGUAUCUCCAAAAAUUCAGAGAGGCAAUGAAAGGAGAGAAAGGAAUUGGAGGAACAGUUACAACUGCAGACGGUCUUAGUGAGGAGCUCACAGAAGAAGCAUUUACUAACCAGUUGCCAGCAGGUUUAAUAACUACAGAUGGCCAGCAGCAAAAUGUUAUGGUUUAUACAACAUCUUAUCAACAGAUCUCUGGUGUUCAACAAAUUCAGUUCUCGUGAUUUGAAGAGGCUUUGGAUUUGGGAAUGGAAGAGACAAGAAAGCUGUACAACUUGUGAGGGGAGACGUUAGUUUAAAAUGACAGAGGAGAGAGUUGUCUCUUUGUACAUUAAAUAGCUGUAAUGUAGCUACCUGAGGCUUGACUAAUGGAGGUGUGAAUUCUGACUCAAAUCUUUUUUUCAUGAAUUUUAAAAAAAUUGGAUUUUAAGGGUAUUAAAGUAUUUUUGUUUUGUACAAGAGUUUGUUGCUCUGUAUAACUCCUGUAUGCAUUGUAUAUUGCAAUUUAUUACUGUCAGAGAUUUGUAGACAGUUUCUUAUUUUCAUAUUGAAUCAUGUUACUUUUGUAAUUCAGGUAAACAGCUGAGUUUAAUUCAUGUUUACCCUUUAAAUAAAAUAAGGGUAAAGUUCAUUUUGAAUGCAAGUUGCCUUUAUUAUAAAAUUUGAAUUGUUCUUGGUUAUGUAAAUUGUCUUGCAUGUCUUAACUAGAUUUUUAAUGUUGACAUAUUUAUUGAAAAUUUGAAAGGAAUUUUUUUUAUGAAACUCUAGCAGCUCAAAAGAAUUGUUAGAAUUGUUUUUUAAUGUAACAUUAGAACUUAAUGUUAAUCCAGAAGCAAACAAUUGUUAGAUCUGUUGAAAUUUAGAUAUUUGGUGCCCCUCAACAGCGUUUACUAUAAUGCAAUAGUUAUUUGAGAUAGCUACUACAGGCAUUCAUUAGGCUACUUUUACAAUUAUAUUAACUUAACUCUGUACAGACUUCUGAAGAAUUUGUUAAAUUUAAAGUAGUCUUAGAGCUAUUGAAAUAUGCUUUCCCUUUAUGCAUGGUUUUUGGAAAGCCAAAUCCCAAAAUGUAACUGUUUCCUCGAGUGUUAUAGGAGGAUUUUAUAGUCUUGUGGUAAAUGACCUCAAUUUAACUUUUUAAACUGAAAUAUUAUAAGGUUUGGUUUCCUGUAAGACUGUGGGAACUCUCAAAUGUUUCAGAAAUAGUGUGUACAGCGUGUGUGUGCACGUGUGUACAUGCAUAUGCAUGUGUGAGUGACUGAAAUAUGAAUAGGUGAUAAAAAAUCUGAAAUGAAAGACUCAAACUUCUAGUUUGUUGUCUCCUUCCUGAUUUUGCAAUAAACUGUACCUAGAUAAUGUAAUUUUGUAUAUUUAGUGAGCUGUUUAGUAACGUUGCUGGUUGGUUUGUUUUUUAAAAAAUUGGGUGAAUAAUCUUGUUAGAUACUUCAGUGUCCUAGACUGUGUUGGUAUAAGGGUGGUAGUGUACUAGCAUCCCUGUUAUUCAGGCUGAGUUUGGAGACUUAAUAUUUCUAUUUGCAUUUCAGUGAGCUGAAAGUUAGUAUAACCCUCACUCUGCCACCCAUCUCUUUUUUUUUUUUUAACUUAAAAACAAAAACAAACCUUUGGCCUGGUGCCAUAGUUUUCCUGGAGGCUAUUUUGGAAAUGUGAUGUUUAAAACCUUAAUGGACUAGAUAACCUGGGUUAAAACAAAACUCAAAAAAAUUAAAUUUCAGAAUUAUGUGCUAUAUGUGGCCAGAAGUCUUGGUGUAUCUUUCUUUGGUAACUGAAAUAAUGUCAUAAUUUAAAUGCAGGUUAACAAUAUGCCAAGGCAAGCCUCUGGAUAAGGUCCACUGUAUUCUGUGGUGAGAUGGACGUAUCUUCCUUAGCAGUGUUCUCAGGUGCUGUGGCAGUCUGGUGUCAUUUUUGCAGCAACACUGGCUAAACUUAAGUUUUUCAUUAAAUAUGAGAUUAAUAACACAAGCA